AUGGCUGAAUCAAAGGUGAUGGUGGGCUUGGAUUUCGGGACUAAGUUUUCUGGGUUCUCCUUUUUCUCAUCGCUCUGAUCCUGAUGAUGUCAUGACUGGCCAGAUGCGAGCAGGCCCUACUGUAAGACGCAAACCAGCUUGUUCUACUCACAAACGGGGGAACUUCUCUUGGGGAUGGAGCGCGCUCAAAGCCUAUUCGGACGCUCUCCAGGCUUCUUCCAACCGAGGGGAGCUGGGUUUCUUCGUGACCAAGUUCAAGCACAUGCUCGAAGAUGGGAUUGGGGGUCUAGUUCCAUCCCCCUGAGAAUCGUGCUGGAGCCGGAGGCUGCCUCGUUCUACUGCCAAAGGCAGCUCCGAGACACGGUGGCCUUGAAGAAAGGUGACAGGUUUAUGAUUGUAGAUGGGACAAUUGAUUUGUUGGUGCACAAAAUGGUUGGAUCAUACAAGGUUCUGAAAGCAUGA